AUGGACAUCGAUGGUACCACAACAGACCUCCACGUCUCGCGUCUGCGAGCGCAGGUUAUUGCUACCGAGGCUCAGUUACGGUCUCUCAAGGAGCAACUGGUGGCCGCCGAGCAGCAUGCGGAGGCGGCCAGACAUCUGAACGAUGCCUACCUAGGCGGGAUGCCUGCCGAGUGGAUAGGCGAGGCACUCUCUCGGCCAGCAGGCAGGAGGUGGCCGCUCGAAGACGAAGAGUACAAACGUUACGGCCGUCAGCUCAUCGUCCCUGAAGUGGGACUCCAUGGCCAGUUGCGGCUGAAGAACGCCAAAGUCCUGGUCAUUGGCGUGGGCGGGCUAGGAUGUCCUGCAGCAGCAUACCUAGCUGGAGCGGGGGUCGGUACACUUGGUCUGGUGGACGCCGAUGAUGUCGAACUAUCCAACCUACAUCGACAAAUUGCACACAGUACAGAGAGAAUCGGCACAAGUAAGGUGGACAGCGCGCUGGAGUACCUGCAGGCUCUCAACCCGCUUGUGAACUACAUCCGCCAUCCCUUUGCUCUAAUCGCGGAGCGCGCCCUGCAGACUAUCUGUGCUUACGACCUGGUACUUGAUUGCACCGAUCACCCGACGUCUCGCUACCUGGUAUCCGACGCUUGUGUGAUUGCGCAAAAGCCUCUCGUCUCUGCUUCUGCACUCAAGACAGAAGGUCAACUUAUCGUGCUCAACAACCCACCUCGACCACCUGGCGACGCAUCAGGCGGGCCUUGCUACAGAUGUGUCUUUCCAACUCCGCCACCUGCUGAAAGUGUUCUGAGCUGCGGCGAAGGGGGAAUCUUAGGACCCGUCGUAGGCGUGAUGGGAGUACUACAAGCCUUGGAAGCGGUCAAACUCCUCACCGCCAAGCCAAAGCCCCAAGCCAACUUUGUCAACCUAACCACGGACUUCGGCGACACCGAAAGUACAAAGCCUAGCCUACUUAUGUUCUCCGCCUAUAGCAUGCCUCAGUUCCGGUCUGUGCGCAUGAGGCCAAGAAGAAAGGAUUGUGCGGUCUGCUCUGCGCAACCUACCAUUUCCGCGCAGAGUUUGACCAGUGGCUCCCUCGACUACAUUGCCUUCUGCGGCGUGACGACACCAGUCAACCUGCUCCCACCCGCUCUUCGCAUGACCGCAAGCGAUUUCUCGCAACUACCGAGGGAUGGCAGCAAUGUUCUGAUUGAUGUGCGCGACGAAACUCAGUAUGCCAUCUGUGCACUGCGUGGCUCGAUCAACGUACCGUGGACGGGCAAUGCGGACUCGUGGCUCGAGCAAGGUGUGCUGAGAGGUGCGCUUGCCCAAGACGGCAGGGACAGAUACAUCAUCUGCAGGCUUGGCAACGAUUCCCAGCUCGCUGCGAAGGCGGUCAUUGACCGGAUGAGUGACCAGCUUGCGUUCGCAACAGUCAAAGACAUCAAAAAUGGCUUCCGAGCGUGGCGAGCAGAAGUCGACCCUAGCUGGCCCGAUUAUUGA